UCAUUGAUCCUCGUGCGUAUCACUGAUAUGUUGACGUGAUUUCGAGAGUGUUUAAAAUCAUACUGCUCCUGGUCACCUUGCUCUUCCUCUCGCCGAUUUGAAACAGUUUAAAAAAUGAAUCCCUUCUUGAUUUUUUCAAUUGUUACGCUCUUUUGGAGUUUAUGUUAUGUUCAACCGGAGACCGUGCAGCAUACCAAGUGUCCUACUGAUACCAAAAAAUGUGACAUUCAUCAAGUGCGGAUAAAUCCAUGUCCAGAUGCUAGGGAAGGAAAACCUUGUAGGAUGUUCCGUGGCACAAAUGGUAGCAUAGAAUUUGACUUCACUCCCAAAUUUUCCGGUAGUCAAAUCGGUGCUCGAGUCUACUGGGCCUCGUGGUUCGACGUGCCUUUUCUCGAUAUGAACUCUGACGGAUGCUUGUAUACGACCUGCCCGAUGGAGGCAGGCAAAAAUUACACCCUCAAGUACGGAAUCCUGAUAAAAACCUGGUAUCCGACGGGCAAUUACCCGAUCAAAUGGAAAGUCUGGAAUGAGCAAAAUGAAGAAUGUUGUUUUAUGUACUUCAUGAAACUUAGGUAGAAAUGAAUUCUGAACCCAAAGAAAGAAAACGCGUUGUUUGUAGGUCUCUUACGAUAGAGAUUGUUCCUAUGUCAGUUGUCCCAUGGAUGGAGUACAUUUUAGUGCCUUGUAGGAUGGACAAAAGGAAAGCUCGAUACGGAUGUCACAAGUGAGAAAUCUCCAUUUCAAAAUUAUAUUCAGGGAGGGUACCCCUCUCCUCUCUGGCUUUUCCUGACGAUGCCCUUCCAUAAGUUUUCCCCCUCGAUGAUUGGAACAAAAAUCCAAACCGAAACAUGACCAAAAAUUGAAAAAGGUACUUCCGUAUUGAGCACUCCUUUUGCCCAUCCCUAUCUUCAUGCAGCACAGCAGUCGGUCUGAAAAGCAGAAAGACAUGCCGCAUGAACGCGCUUUUUUUACAGGCAUAAUGUUGAAUAAUUCACUUUGAACGUUUGUAUCAGUUAGCAGAUUUUGCUUGUCAAAAAGAAGCUGCCUUUGCAUGUUUAAUAUCUCUUCAUAUUCAAUUGUGACUGUUCCUUGCAGUUAUUUCAAAUACAAAAUAAACAAGGAAUAUGUGAAA